AGCUUCUCGGCCUCACCGCUUCAUCCUCGCUCUAUCCAUUUUUCGAACGUGCACACAACCAGUCGUCAGUUCCGGCCAUGGCUUUCGUCUCCACCUUCGUCUCCGGCGAACCGUCGCUCCUCGUCGCCAGAGCCUCCGCUGUCGUCUCCUCCGUCAAGCAUCCCUAUCAACUUCCUCUGCCUAAUUUGCGCUUCUCCCGCACCAUUACCUUCGCAUCCGCCUCCAACCAGACCACUGCCUCCUCCCGGCAGCCCCGUGGCAUCAUGAAGCCCCGGAGGAUUUCGCCGGAGAUGCAGGCGCUUGUUGGUGCUCCCGAGAUUUCUCGUACCGAAGCCCUUAAGGUCAUUUGGACUCACAUUAAAGAACAUAAUCUUCAGAAACCCAGCGACAAGAAAAUCAUAAUAUGCGACGAGAAGCUGAAGAAAAUAUUCGGAGGGAAAGACGAAGUCGGGUUUCUGGAGAUUGCAGGGCUAAUAAGUUCCCACUUUCUAUGAUGAUUUGAAGAAUGGAAGAUGAACUUUGUUUGUUCGUUUGUUUCGGGAGUCGCUCAGGUAUUAUUGCUCACUGAAUCCUGCAGUUCAUAGCCCUCUUUUUGUUAAGUAGUUGGAUAGAGAAGAAGCUUUUGUAAGAACAUGUUUAUGUAGGGAUUGUUCUAUGCAAAUCUUUGUUAGUCCUUAGUUUGGGUAAAAAUGUGUUACUUUUGUACUCUA